AUGAGAGUGUAAUUAGAGUUAUUUUCCUUCUUUUCUGCAGGACGUCGUUCAUGAAGCAACGUUAUGAGUUUUGUCUGAAAUUUAAUCUCUCUUAGUUUGCAAUUUUUUUCUGUACUGUGCUAUUGUGUCUCACAAGAUGCGGCUUUUCAAGAAGACUACGGUGGUGAUUGAGGAAGAUUUCGGUGAAGAAAGUAUGUUCGAAGAAAAGGAUGAAGAUCAUUGGAAUAACAUGGAUGCCCCAGAUCCGAAUAAACCACACAAGCACACAAUGAAGUGUGACUGCGUGGACCGGCUUGUCUCCUACAUGUUUCGUCAGCUCGGAUGGAUGGUUGGCAAGAAACCGGGCUAUUUCAUCAUAGUUCCUUUCCUAAUCUCGGCUCUUCUUGCAACGGGAAUGCAACGGAUUAAUUACGUAGCAGACCCCGAAUAUCUCUUCAGCCCCACGGACGGACCAGCCAAGUAUGAACGUCAAAUUAUAGAGACGUUAUUCCCCAUGAAUCUGUCGAAAGAUUUCGACGUGGGCCGCAUGACGCGAAUCAGCCCAUUCGCGAGAAUCAUGAUAGAGGCAAAGGAUGGUAAAAGUAUAUUCGAUAAAGAAGUAUAUGGUGAUCUGAAAAAGAUUGACAAGUUGGUGAAUAACAUCACCAUCUGGAACAGCCAUCGUUUGUGGAAAUACAAGAACAUGUGUGCCAAGAAGAACAGGAGGUGCUUCGAAAACCAUAUCCUCAAUUUCGACGAUCGAAUUGAUGACAUGGCUGCAGGAAAGUAUUCUAUCGACUACCCUCUCAUGAUUAACGAAGUGACGUUUAACAUAUUUUUCAGUGCUGCUUUUCUCGGUGGUGUGAAAACUGACGAAUUUGAUAAAAUUGAAUCAGCUAGGGCUGUUAAUUUACUGUAUUUUUUGGAAGACGCGCCAGGAAAAGUGGAGAGGGCCAAUCAGUGGGAAGGAGAAUUCUUACAGCUGAUGGAAGAAGCAGAAUUCGAGCAUAUUAAUAUAGCGUAUUACACUUCACUAACGUUGUCUGCGGAGUUGGAAAAAAACACCAUAUCAGUGUUACCACUUUUUAGUGUAACAGUUGUAAUUAUGCUUGCUUUUUCCGUAUCUACGUGCAUGAUGUUAGAUUGGGUAAAAAGCAAGCCGUGGCUUGGUGUCAUAGGAUGUUUCUCGUCUGCAGUUGCUGUUGCGGGUGCUUUUGGUUUAACAGCUUACUGUGGAUUGGAAUUCAUUGGACUAAAUUUAGCAGCACCUUUCCUUAUGUUGGGGAUUGGAAUGGACGACACUUUCGUCUUACUGGCUGCCUGGCGUAGAACAGAUGAUAGAUUGAGUGUUCCCGAAAGACUGUCCAUCACAUUUGCGGAUGCAGGGGUAUCAAUCACCAUAACAUCAUUAACAAAUUUCAUAUCUUUCUGGAUCGGUGUCAUCACGCCAUUUCCCUGUGUCCGUAUUUUCUGUAUCUAUACUGCAAUGGCCGUACUCUUUACGUACAUCUAUCAUAUUACAUUUUUUGGAGGUGUCAUGGCUCUCAGUGGAUAUGCUGAACAAAGAAAUCUGCAUUCAUUCAUUUGUACUCCUACCAUGCCUAAAUCACUAGCACAGGAUCGAGGUAAAUGCUAUAAUCUUUUCUGUACGGGUGGAAGAAAUCCUUUGGAUCCUGAUAAUCCUCUGGAUAAUGAAGAAAACAUGAUGAUGAAAUUUUUUAGAGACAAGCUCGGAGUAUUUUUAAGUAAGAAAUCCGUAAAGAUGACGGUUAUCUUUUUCUUCCUCAUCUACCUCUCAGUUGGAUUAUAUGGUUGCACCAAAGUAAAAGAAGGCUUGGAGCGUUUCAAAAUGGCGAGAUACGAUUCUUAUUCCCUUGAUUAUUAUGACUUCGAGGACAAAUAUUUCAGAAAAUACCCUUAUCGGAUCCAAGUAAUUAUAAACAAAACCCUUGAUUACUCCGAUCCAAAAGUCCAAGAAGAAGUUGAGGAGCUCUUGCAUAGAUUAGAGAAUAAUCGAUUGAUGGCUGGAAACAGAUUCACUGAAUCGUGGUUAAGAAUAUACCACAGAUUCAUGAAAGAUUCCAGAACGCAAGUUUUUCUGCAGGGCUACAACAUGAGUUUGAAAGAAGAUUUUUACAAAGGUAUCCGGCAAGUUUUCUUCAGGCUGUCGCAAAAUUAUUUCCAACAGGAUAUAAAAUUUAACGAAGAUUUUACUGAAAUUACCGCUGCUCGAUUCGUUUUGCAAACAGAAAACAUUAUGGAUGCGAAUGACGAAAAGAAUAUGCUGAUAGAGCUAAGGGCUAUAGCCGCUAAUUCAACUUUGCCCGUUGUAGUAUUCAAUCAGCUGUUCGUGUUGUUUGAUCAGUUCUUAUUAAUUAAAGAAACGUCCAUACAGGCGGUUGGUGUAGCGACGGCAGUAAUGAUGGUCAUAUCAUUCCUCUUCAUACCCAACCCUAAUUGUGCCUUAUGGGUAGCCUUCUCUAUAUUUUCGAUUGAAAUCGGAGUGGUCGGAUUUAUGAGUUUAUGGAAUGUAAAUCUGGAUGCUAUAUCUAUGAUAAACCUAAUUCUAUGCAUAGGAUUUUCUGUUGACUAUUCGGCCCACAUAACGUAUGCCUUCAUAUCUUCUACCAACAAAGAUCCGAAUGAGCGAAUGAAAACUGCUCUGCAUUCAUUGGGAUUACCUAUUGCUCAAGGGAGCGUUUCUACAAUACUGGGCAUCGUUGUACUUAAUGCUGCCCCCUCAUAUAUAUUUUCAGUAUUUUUCAAAACUGUUUUUCUAGUGAUAUUAUUUGCAGCUGUACACGGUCUCCUGUUACUACCUGUUUUGCUAUCAUUGACUGAUGGUUGGUGCUCAGGAUCCAGGAGGGAGAAGCCUGAAAAAGAAGGCACUCCUCCAUUUUAUAUAACGUCCCAGCAAAAUGACAUACUUGCUAACCAUGAUGGUAAAACACCGACCUACAGAACACUUGCCGAUCCUCACUUGUCCAUUAUCACAGAAGAGCCCAAGUACAAGACAACAGCUACUUGGACUGAUAAUGGAGAUUUGGAUCAGGGCAUCGGCACUAGUGGUGAAAGUAGUGACGGUAGCUGGCGUGGCAAUGAUGAAAUCAUUGACCACUCACACCAGCUGCACGGAAGCUCGUCCAAGCUUACAGCGGUGGGCCAACCAAGUGACUCGCCAAGAACUCGGGAAAGGCAAGACCAUGUCAAUCCUGGGUUCGUCGACGAUGACGAUUUGAAAGGUUCUCGAAUGGGCGCUUAUCACUGUGCCCACAAAGAUAAUAAAGCGGGUUAUAAUGGGAGGUGGGAGAGUUUGCAGAAACAGCAUGGUUUUUUAAGAAUUAAUUUUAUUUAUUUUUNUCACGACUUAAUAGUGGUUACGUAA